AUGAAAUACUUCGUACUACUCGCAUUUUGUGUAGCGGCCGCUUGUGCCUCAGUCAUCCCAGAGGAGGAACGUGUCAACGGUGAAAACGGUUGGUAUGUACCCCAAACCGAUGGAUCCUUCGAAUGGGUCGAUAUUGAUGAAGCCGAAGCCUAUUUGGAUCAAGCCCAAAAGUUAGAAGGCCGCUUGUUAAGCAAUCGUGUUUACUUCUACUUGUAUACCAAGUCGAAUCCUAAUACUGCCCAUGAAAUUGAACCCACCACCAAGUCUAUUGAUGCCUCCCCCUUCAAUCCAAAACACCCCACCAGAAUCACCAUCCAUGGUUGGAAUUCCAAUAGCAAUGACUAUGUAAACUCUGGUAUUCGCAAGGCCUAUUUGAGCAAGGGUGAAUACAACAUGAUCGCCAUUGACUGGACUCGUGCUCGUUCCAUCGAUUACGCUACUUCGGUUAUGGGUGUUCCUGGAGCUGGUGAGAAAAUUGCCGCUAUGGUCGAUUUUUUGGUUAGCAAUUAUGGCAUGAAAUUGGAAGAUUUGGAAAUCAUCGGUCACAGCUUGGGUGCUCAUGUUGCCGGUUUCACUGGCAAGAACAUUUCUACUGGUAAAGCUCAUGCCAUUAUCGGUUUGGACCCUGCCCUACCCUUGUUCAGCUACGACAAACCCGAUAAGCGUUUGUCCAGCACUGAUGCCUACUAUGUUGAAUCGAUUCAAACCAACGGUGGUACUUUGGGUUUCUUGAAACCCAUUGGUAAGGGUGCUUUCUAUCCCAAUGGUGGUAAGACCCAGCCAGGUUGUGGAGUUGAUCUUACUGGUGGCUGUUCCCAUGGUCGCUCUGUCAUCUACUACGUUGAAGCUCUUGAAAAGGACGAUUUUGCCACAAUCAAAUGUGAAAAUUACGAAGAUGCCGUUGCCAAAAGCUGUGGCUCCACCUAUAGCUCCGUUCGUAUGGGUGCCACGAAAAAUGCUUACAUGGUUGCUGGUGAUUUCUAUGUACCUGUGCACAGUGAAUAUCCAUUUGGUGUUUUGGGUUAA